GACAAAUUCUGUUGAAGAAGCUGUUGGUUGAAAAUAUAUAUCCAUGACUCUUGGCAAUGUUGAUUUAACAAUUUCAACUUCUUUCCCUCCAACCUUGCAAUGCCUCUUCAACUAAAGGUUUUCAGUUUAGCCUGAGCUAGACCAAUGCAAGGUUGAAGCUAUCAACCAACAAUUCUUAUCUUAAUAAAUGAGAAGAGCACCUGACCUUUCGGCCCCCGUCGACUCUUAGCUGCGAAGCUGCUAGCUCAGUUCUGCAAUCCCCUAUUUUCAUCAUGCCCGACACCUUUCAUCCGUUCCCAAACCUGCCCACAGAGAUUCGUAUUCAGAUCUGGGCGUUAGUUGCGGGUCCGCGCAACCUACAGAUUAGUUGCUCUUCAAGCGGAAAGCGGGCAGACCCUGGCACAACUUUUGCUUAUGCUUCGCCAAACCCGCCACCUGCCGUCAUGCACGCCUGUCGAGAAGCCCGCCAGAAUGCACCCUACCAGAAGGCCUUCCUCACAUUCAGCAACGCCGAGACCAAGUAUAUCUGGGUUAAUUUUCAGGAAGACAUGAUCUGCCUACCAGAUAACGAGCUCGCGCCGCUUGCGCCCCACUAUGCUGAUAUUGAACGCCUCAAGCUCACUGCGGAAGCUGGCGUUGAAACAUUUUCCUUCUAUGAAUAUUUUAAGGACUGCUCAAGCUCGAUAUUUAAGCCUUUCUCAGCUCUGAACGUGCUGCAUAUAGCAGUGCAGGACUGUUUUUUGGCGUGGGCGGAUGCGUUUCAGGGUUCCGGAUAUGCAAAUUGUCCAAGUCAAAAUGUCAGAUUCCUGGAACUACAAACGGGGCUCUUGCUAACUGGAUCUCAACUGGUGCUGGCAUCCGAGUGGUGGUUGUGGAACGGAGGGAAGGUUGAAGAUAUAGAUGACUUGGAACCAUCAUGUCUCGAUCUAGACGAGUGUGCAGAUAUAGGCUGAGCAUAGGCGUUUGACACAGGGAAUGCUGGGAGAUCUUCUCGAACCGUGCAAUUUCAAAUUCACCCAUUAUUGUUUCGAUUGUGACAAAGGUGUGGGUGUGAAAAGUGUUUAGGAGUACCUAGGUCUAUACAGCUAAUACAUGUCUAGAAGCCUCGCAACGCUUUGUCUCUCCAUUCGCUGGGGAA